AUUUGCCAGUAACGUGACGCAGUAACUUUUUAGCCGCUCAACACUAAGAGAAAAGGGGCGUCUUCAGUGGCGUUGCAUGACAAAACAGUAAAACUAACAGCAAUGGCAGCACAACAAGACUGGCUUAACGCGUUCAACACGGAGAUCUGCAAAGAUUUCGACGAAAAAUGGAUCCUAAGCGAGGUUGAGGACUUACCCAACGAUCAGGGGUGGCGACGGUUCACCGACAAAGCCAAGGUGAAGUUCAAAUGCAGUCAUUGUGACAACAAGUGGACAUCGCUAAAGGGGCAAGUCAUCUUCCUCUACCGCUUAAAACCAAAGAGGAAGAAAGGUGAAGUGAAAAUGUUCCUACCAGGGCAGAUGUGCCGCUAUUGUGAUGAAGAUUUCGAGUCUCCCAAGUGGUACAAUAAAGAGAUGCUGAAGGUGCUGGGAAAUCUCCAACAGAUGAUCGACUGGAAGCUCUACGGUGGAGAUCGUCCGGAGAGGCUGAACAAGGGCCAGAGAGGGGGCCGCAUGAGGAGCCGCCACGAGAGUGACAAGUGCCAAGCAUGUCGGAUGGGCAUUUGUGGAAAGUCGGACACUAAUUAGGGACUGAAUGCCUCUCCAUAAAGGAUGGCAGGCAGGCAGUAUAUCCAUGAGCCAUCACACUACAGUUUUUUUAGUAUAAGCCCCAUAAAGCAGCUUGUUUGCGGGUGAGUGGAUUUGAUGGUUCGUAGCAACUUCCUAUGCUCUGAGAACCGAUUCAGAAGUUGUUGUUGUUUUGGUGUACCUUUUAUUCUGAACACGCUAUACUUGAUCUGUAUCUGUAUGGCGGGUAUAACCGCCUUUCGGCGUAACACACCAGCUUCGCAGGCACGCGGCGCGGCGGCAGCGGGCUACAUUACACCGAACGACCUGUUACACCUAACCCUUGAACAUCGAUCUAACUCUAAACACUGUUUAAAGCUACCUAAUGAUAAUGCCCCUACUGUACAAUGUAUUUGAUAAUAGCUUGUGUGGUUCAUGGAGUGAUACAACGGCUCCCUAUAGCAGCUUUCGUCUGAACUGAUGCGCUUUUUUUAUGAGUUUAAACAUCUGAAAAAAGUAAUGGAUGGAUUUUCAUGCGUUUCUGCUUGUGUGUUGCGAUAGGAAACCUUUGUUUACUUUAGGGGAUCUGGAAAUGAGUUGAAUUUACAUGAGGAAUAUAGGAUUGGAUUUUUCUUUUACGGGAAAACUCACAUGUACCCAAUAAUUAUUGACUAACUGCUUGCCAGCAGUAUCUUGUUGAUACCAUAUGACUGUUCUGUGCUUGCUAAUUGAUAUAGAUUUUAUGAGUGCCUCACGGUUGGUGAUGGAUUUUAUCUACUGUAUUAGCAUACCUGUAGAACAGCAGCAUUAGAUGCUACAGAUGCCUGUAUUUUUUAUGCCUUAAGAAACACUAACAUUCUGGUUAUGGUUCACAUAUGGGGCGGUGUGUCAAAGGUAUUGACGUGUUUCUUUUGUACAAAGGAAACAAAUAAAAGUCAACAAUA